GCGGCUAUGGUAGCCAUGGGGCCUCUAUCCGCAAACGCACACAUGAUCAUGGCGAACCCCGUACCCUUCAACGCCCCAAACAACUCGCCUCUCGCACCAGACGGCUCCGACUUCCCCUGCAAGGGCCCGCCGAGCGGCCUCGCCAAAGUCAACCAGUGGCAAGCAGGCUCACAACAGUCGCUCUCUUUCAGUGGCACCGCCGUCCACGGCGGCGGCAGUUGCCAGAUCAGCGUCACAACCGACAAGAUGCUGACCAAGGACUCCAAGUGGAAAGUCAUCUACUCGAUCGAAGGCGGGUGUCCGGCCAACGUCCAGGGAAAUCUGGAUCAAAGCGGCCCCAGCUACGACGGGGCCUUUCCGUUUACCGUUCCCAAGGAUCUGCCCAACGGCGACAUGACGGUUGCGUGGACGUGGUUCAACAAGGUUGGCAACAGAGAGUUCUACAUGAACUGUGCGUCUGUCUCGGUGUCUGGCGGCGCAAAGAGUGAUGCUGCCAUGAACACGCUUCCCGACAUGGCUAUUGCCAACAUCAAUGUCCCGGGUUCAUGUGGUACGACAAAGGAGGGUUCGGACUAUACGUUUGAGAAUCCAGGUGCUAUGAAGACGAUGGUUGGCAAGGGGCCAUUUGUGGAGCUCUGUUCUGGAAAAACUUCUCAGUCAGGUGGUGGUGGUGCUGGUGGCGGUAGUGUUGGUGGCGGUGGUGGCGCGGGUACAGGCUCUAGCAUCGACACAGGUGCUCCUCCACAGGCUCCCGCAGCGCCACCGGCCGCUCAAUCCGGCUUCCGCACCAUCAAAACCGUUACCGCAUCCAUGCCACCGCUACCAGCAAACACAGGCGGCAUCUUUGCCCCCUCGGCCGCAUCUGGCGCACCACCACCAGCAGCCCCCACGCCUACUGCUCAGCUGUCUUCUUCGUCUUCUGCUGCCCCAGCACCAGCCAUCCAGAAUCCACCAUCAACUGCCCCAACCCCAGCUCCAGCACCCGCACCCGCACCCGCUCCCGCUCCAGCACCCGUCUCCGACGCCGCUGGUACCUCUUGCCCCAAAGACGGCGAAGUAGUAUGCUCCAAAGACGGCCUAAAAUUCGGUCUCUGCAACUUUGGCAAGGCCAUGAUGAUGCCUGUUGCACAAGGCACAAAGUGUGUCAACGGACGCAUUGCAAAGCGCGACCUGUAUUCGCAUCGGAACCAGCGCACUGCCAUCUAG